AUGAUUCGUGCUGGCUCCAGGUUUUGUCUCGAGCAGAAUGCCGGACGCUUGCCCUUUGGCGUUGCCCAGGCGAUGCCCACAACCGACAUCCAAGGGCUGAGGGUCGAAGCACAGGUGGGCAAAUCCUUCCGGAACGAGAUUGCCCCAAGACAGGGCCUCACGCGACAGCGGGAGUUCACGCAGGCUGAGAUUGAGUGGUUCGUGAAGCCGAACGCCAAGGACAUGAAGAAGUUCAAGGCGGUGAAGUCUCUAGAGCUGCUUCUUUUUUCUUCGGACCAGCAGCUUGCCGGAGGGUCUCCCAAGAAGGUCGCCAUUGGCGAUGCGGUGGCGAGUGGGAUGGUGAACAACGAGACCCUUGGCUACUUCAUCGCUCGGACGUACCUCUUCCUCGUGAGCCUUGGGAUCAAGCCCGAUCACUGCCGCUUUCGUCAGCACCUGCCAACAGAGAUGGCGCACUACGCGACUGACUGCUGGGAUGCAGAGAUCGAGACCUGCUAUGGCUGGCUGGAGUGCGUGGGCAUUGCAGACCGGGCCUGCUUCGACCUCUCAGCGCACGCGAAGGCAGCAAAAGUCGAUCUCGCCUUCCGGGAAACACUGGAGAAGCCCAUCGAGAUGGAAGUGCUGCGGCUCACGAAGGACGCAGGCAUCAAGGUCAUGAAGACCUUCGGCAAGAACGGCAGGCCCAUUAAGGAGUGGCUGGAGAAACUGCCGCAAGACGACUUGAAGUGCUUGAUCGCCGAUGUCACCGCUGCCGGCAGUGCCAGCAGGACCGUGGAUCUUCCGGACGAGAAGACAGAGGACUGCAAGUUCCUCCCUGAGCACGUGGUUUGCGAGACUAAGAAGGAGAAGCAGUCCACCACGACCUUCACUCCCGGUGUGGUGGAGCCUUCCUUCGGGAUCGACCGCAUCCUGUUCUCGGUGCUCGAGCACACCUACUACGCGCGGCCGAAGGAGGCGAGCGAUGAAAAGCAGACGCGCGGUGUGCUGUCCUUCCCAUCUGCCAUCGCGCCAUACAAGAUGGCGAUUUUGCCGCAGGAUCAGAGGAUCCAGCGUGAUGAGAAGUACCCCGACUUGAUGUAUCUGAUGCAGACCCAGGCAGUUGGUGUGUUUGUCGUGGCUGCAAGUGCUGUGACUACACUUAUUCUGUCUCUGGGCACUUUGGGCUGA